UCAAAUCUGUCUCGCGAAUACCAAACACUUAACGUGAAAGCCUCCAUGUUGGACCGGGAGCACAGAUUAAAAUCCUGCAUUGAAAGAAGUCUUUAAUGAAGCUGGAUAACGUUACCCUUCAUGCUAAAUGUCAGAUAUUGCUCGACCGUAAACAAGGCUUCCUAAACGGACAUUUUCAUUAUUAUCAUAGUCUUGUAGCUAGCCAAUAGAUCGCUAGCUUGGUAGAUAGAUCGCUGUGGCAAACGUUUACAGUUUACACAGAUUAGCAAGAUAGCUAGCGAAUGUUAAACAUUGGAUACUUGGGGGCCUGUUUUGUGCCAGAAUAAUUUUGGCUUGACUUUGGCGUGUUUUAGAUUUUGUUUAUAUAUUUAGCGGUAUGCGUUUAGUCCCAUUUUCACUGCGUACUGACGGAUUAAAAACGAACACAACACCGCCGUUGCAGUGGUGUUUCGUGAACUAACGUUAGCUAGUACUACAUAGGAAAGCUAACAUUAAUAGCCAGCUAACACUGCGAGUGUUAGCCACUGAUAGCUGUGUGGCUAGCUAGCUGGCUAGCUGCCAUUAACAUCCACUACUAUCGUUAGCUAGAGGACCACAGCUACUCAAACCAGUUUAUUUCUGCGGGACUUGCAAGUCAUCUCGCCAACAGCUGAUACUGAAAAGAAAAAGAAAACCACUAAGGAUUGAACUGUUGUUUCCAUGGACAACACGUCCAUAAUUACGCAGGUUACCAACCCAAAGGAGGAGGAGAUAUUAUCGUCAACUCAAGAAAAGGUCUCGCUGUCCAACAGCAGCUUAAAGAAACAGAGGAGCCGGAGCAUCUUCAGCUCGCUCUUCUGCUGCUUCAGGAGCUACAAUGUGGAACCGCCGGCCACCAACAACAACACCAGCGCCCUGCCUCCCCCUGUGGAGGAGAACGGAGCUCCACCCAAGUGUGCCCAGGUUGAGGUCAUCUCUAUCCCUAGUCCCCCAGCGAAAUACCUCCUCCCUGAGGUUAACAUAAACGAUUACGACAAGAAGUGUGUCGUGAUCGACCUGGACGAGACCCUGGUGCACAGCUCGUUUAAGCCCAUCAGCAAUGCUGAUUUCAUCGUUCCAGUGGAGAUUGACGGCACAGUUCACCAGGUGUAUGUGUUGAAGCGGCCUCACGUAGAUGAGUUCCUGCAGAAGAUGGGGGAGCUGUUUGAGUGUGUGCUCUUCACAGCCAGCCUAGCCAAGUACGCAGACCCCGUUGCAGACCUACUGGACCAGUGGGGUGUGUUCACGGCACGGCUUUUCCGGGAAUCUUGUGUAUUCCACCGGGGCAACUAUGUCAAAGACCUCAGCCGCCUGGGCAGAGAGCUCAGAAAUGUCAUCAUUGUGGAUAACUCGCCAGCAUCUUACAUUUUCCAUCCUGAAAAUGCUGUGCCGGUGCAGUCGUGGUUUGAUGACAUGUCGGACACAGAGCUGCUGGACCUGCUGCCUUUCUUUGAGGGACUCAGUAAGGAGGAGGACGUGUACGGAGUGCUGGAGAACUGGAGGGGCAGGUAGCCGCUGUGCCGCAAUAGGCCCCUUCCCAGCUGUGGCCGCCGUAGAGACCCCCCAUGGCCCGGGCCAGAGGGCCUCCUGCUGAACAGCACUGCAGCCACCGCCGUGAGUGUGUGUGUGUGUGUGUAUGAGUGCGCGACCCCCAAUCCCUCUUCCAGAUGGACACGGUUCACUGGGGCCCUCAUGGCAGUGCUAUAUCUGCAGUAACACCUUUCUGCAGCUCUUGUUUUGAAAACUGGGCAACACAUAAAUCGACACAACCGACUUGUUUUUUUUUUUAUAUGAUAAAACAAGAGAUGAGAUUUUCUUGUUUUCUCAAGUGCUUAUUAAUAACCAAAAAUCAACAAAGAAACACACAAAAAAAUACAACAACAACCUAAUUCUUCUCUGGGAAAAGAGGAAGUCCUAAGUCUGACCUGGUCCUUGUAUUGUUGCUAUGCAGUCUCCAGUGAUUUUCAAAGGACUGUGGGGCAUCAUUUCUUUUCUUAUCAAAAGCAAGUGCCUUUUUUGAAUGUUAUUUUUACAGUAGUAAAAAAAAUACAUUUUUGUACAUGCCAUAUUUACAGAGAACUCUAAUCUUUUAAAGGAAAUGAUCUGCUUUAAAAUGGACAUGGGUCAGGAUAUUUGUAUUCACGAAACACUGUUCUUAAAGCCCAAGAGUUUUACGUGUAAAACCAUGGAAAGCAAGCUGUAUGUUCACCAUCGUAUCCUAGGUUUCUCUUUUGUUUGCUCUAGCUUGUGCCAUUUAUAUAGAGGUGAUUAUAUUUGCUGUUGAUUAUAUGUAGGAUUUUGUCUGUUUUUACUAGUCCUUAACAAUUGCGAGGAAUUAAUUUGCAUUUGUGAUGUUUUACAUGUUUUUAUUGUGGCUGUUGAAGACAUCUUUUAAAAGGGAAAACGGCCAAUUUGAACUGGCGAGGCCAAAUGUGAGAAGCGCAGUGCCAAUGGCUGGUAAUCCAGUUGAUGCUUUUCUCAGGCAAACAUCUCCACAUCAACAAAGGCUGAGUUUUGGACUAUCUGUAGGUCAUUGGACAGCUUUAAUUGGCGUUCAGAGGCCAAGUUUCCGGUUUCCAGUUUCAUAAUUAAGAUCUCAUGUUGUGUAUAUUUUUGUAGAAUUGGAUUUAAUUUUAUUUUUUAUUUAUUUAUUUUUUUUGCAUUUUGGGGAUUUGAUUUAAAAGCCUUUUGGAAUAAAUGGCUUGGGCACCUACUUGCGUUUCUGAUUUACAGGUACACCAUUUAAAGCACCAUUGUAGAGUUUGAACACUAAGAACACUAAGGUGACUUAUCACAACUGAGUGCACUACUAAUGUGUCCCUUUCAUUUACUUUAGCUUUUUCAAAGCAAUCUCUCUGAGCCUACAGUAUAAUGAGCCACUCUGAUUGGAUUUUAUUUUCCCUGAUUUUAAUCCCAACUGUGUGUCUGUCCCCAGCCCAGUGCUGCUAUUGUACAGUACCCUACACGCGCCUCUCUGGGGGACAAGACAGUAUAGCGCUAGCCCCCUCAUACGGUCCUGUUCACCAGCAUCAGUCCAGACCACAGGGGCCCUCCAGCUCCAUGGCGGACGAUGAAACCUGGGUCAGCCGGGAAGGACAUGCUGACUGGACUGCAGCCAAGGGUCUGGCUGAGUGCAGUUCAGCAGCCGCCCUGCAGCCCUACGUGGUCUGGCCUGAUUGCUGGGCAGGCCGUGCCCCACCACAGUGCCUGAGAGGAGCAGGGGGUUGUGUGCUGGCUCUGCUGGAAAUCACACGCAGCGAGUUCUCUCUGUCGCUCGCACUCUCCAUCAUUCUAUCUCCCUCCCUCCGUCCCUCCCUCCGUCCCUCCCUCAGUCUGACUUUGUCACGCCCCCUGGUUCUCUCUUGCUCUCGUUCUCAUGCCGUCUCCUGGGUUUCCCACGUUGCUGCUGGCUGUGUUGGUGUAUUUGUUUCAUUCGCUCUACCUCCUCUUUUUUUAUCUGUUCUGACAUGCACGAGAGGAAAGCUUCCCACUGUUCUGCUAAAUUGAGAUGUUGCAUACCCAAUCCUUUCCUGCUGCUGCUGCUGCCUCUCUUUCUCCUUUGGUCCAUCCUUCCUUCCUGUGGGCAGGAGCCUGUCGUAGAGUCUGUCCCGCAGGCAGCCAGUAUGACUAUGACCCCAGUCACCCUGGCGCCUCUCAUUGUGGAUCUUUUCCACCGGAUUAUUGCAAGCACUUUGUUUAGUACCUUUAGUUUCUUGUCACUUAUUUAUUUUGUUUGGAAGUUCAGCUGUUCUUCUCAUGCAGCUUUUUCUCUCCACGCAGGGACUUUUAAGACACAGUAUUUAUGAACUGUUUCCUCAAAAUGGUAUUUUUUUGUUUCUUUUUUUUUUUUUUUUUUUUUUAAAAAGCUUUGUUUAUGUACUUAAGGUGUUUUCACAUGCAUUCUGAGUAUUACUUUCAUGGCAUGUGUCUGGAGCAGAGUCAACAGAGCGAACUUGGAAAUGUUGUUUGUGACUUUGGGGGGGGUGGGGGGAGGUUCUGUGCUGUGUUUGCAGUAUGUUUUUAUGGUGAAAUGAUUCAUGGUUUAUGGCAAAGAUUUCUUCCAAACUAUGACCUGUUAUAUUAAAGCACCUUUUUAUGACAAA